CGCAGAGUCCCCGGGGCCGGGAGCCGGGAGCGCGGGGCCGGGAGCCGGGAGCUGAGCGCGCCGGGCUGGGGCCGGGGCCCGAGCGGAGCGGAGAGGGAGCGCGCCCGCCCCAGCCCCGAGUCCCGCCGCCCGCCCUCCCGCCGCAGCGCCGGCCCAGCGGCCGCCGCCCCAACCAUGGAGCAAGACAACAGCCCGCGGAAGAUCCAGUUCACGGUCCCGCUGCUGGAGCCGCACCUUGACCCCGAGGCGGCGGAGCAGAUCCGGAGGCGCCGCCCCACGCCUGCCACCCUCGUGCUGACCAGCGACCAGUCCUCCCCAGAGAUAGAUGAAGACCGGAUCCCCAACCCGCUUCUCAAGCAUGGCAAGGCUCAGAAGGCGGGGGAGAAGGGCUGGCCCCCCACCUGUGCUCUGUGUCCUUCACAGUCCACGUUGGCCAUGUCUCCACGGCAACGGAAGAAGGUGACGAGGACCACACCCACGAUGAAAGAGCUCCAGAUGAUGGUUGAACAUCACCUGGGGCAACAGCAGCAGGGAGAGGAACCUGAGGGAGCCGCUGAGAGCACAGGGACCCAGGAGCCCUGCCCACCUGGGAUCACAGACACAGAAGCCGAGUUAAGGCUGGGCACAUCUGGGAAAGCACAAAGUACGUUCAGGCUGGGGAGGGACUGGCCCAGGAGGAGGCAGACCUUACCCAUCAUGGGGAGGGGUCUAAUCGUAGCCAAAAACUGUCUUAAGAAUAUGGAUGUAUUUGUAUGUACUGCACGUAUUUGCCUGUGUGCCCCUUUCCUUGCUGAAUGACCACAGCCCCUCCCAGGUCGAGCCGCAGAGCUCCCUGCUGGAAGGUGCGAGCCCACUGUAAUGGGAACAGCACUCACAGGCUAGAAUCCUGGCUCUGUCACUUUAGCAGCCCAGAGGCCUCCAGCAACUUCCUUAACCUCAGUCUGUAAAAUGAUAACGAUGAUGCCUCUGGCCUUGGGUUGUUUGUGAAAGUAAAAUGAGACCAGUUCUUAGCCCAGCAGCUGACACAUACAAAGCAGGCAAUAAAUGGGAAGUGCUGUUACCACCUGCCCGCAGUCCCUGAUCCCACGUGGAUUCCAGAAUCCAGAGUUCUUCCAACUACAUGAAGGUGACAUGGUACACACACUGCAUAUUACGUAACACCCCAGCAGAGCGCCCUGUAAUCAAACACAUUAAUAUUUCUGCAGUGAACUGAAUGGUCCCACUAAAUGGGAUAAAUAAAGACUACAGAUAGUCCCAUACGAGGUCAGGUUUAUCCAAAUUGUACCCAAACUUUUUUUCACUCUCCUUUGAAGGUUUUUUUUUUCUAAUUUCUGAUUGCAAAUUAAAAAAAUAAUAAUAAUAAUGACCCCGUAGUCAUAGUUGUGAUUAGAGAAGACACCACUGGUCCUGUCCGAUUGCCCCCAGCCUGGUACUUGGGCUGUCCCUGGGGUCACUGGAGCAUCAGAUGGGGUAAGAAGAGCAGCAACCUCUGCCAGCCUUCAUGAAUACUGCCUUUCCCUCCCACCGCCCACUUUCCC